CGCAGACUUCACGUGGACCAGUAUUUAUUGUAGCUUCUAUGCUGCACGUAGUCGUGCUGCCCAUGUGGAACAUAUAACUAAAAGAAAAGCUCUUUAUAUCGGUUCGUUCACAUUAAUGCGCGUAGUUGCGCUCUGGUCUGAAAUGGCGAAGGAUGGUGCAGCGAAACUGUCCAAAAACGUCCUGCGGAUGAAGCUUCCUGUGUUUCUGUAGUUCAUGCAGAGAGGGCUGGACGCAGAGCUGAAGCAGCAGCUGGAAGAGGAGGAGAAGAGGAUCAUCAGUGAUGAGCACUGGUCCCUGGAUCUGCCGGAGCUCACGGCCAAGGAAAACCAUAUCAUUGAGGCGAGAAGUUGCGUUCCCUGUGAGGAUUUGGUUUAUGGCAGAAUGUCAUUCAGCAGUUUCAAUCCUGAAGUUGAGAAAUUAAUGUUACUAAUGAACACACACAAAGAGGAAGAGGACGACAGUGUGAGCAGAAUGGAAACUGAUAUUACAGAUGAAGAGAUGGCUAGAAGAUAUGAAAGCAUGGUUGAGAGCAUGAGGAAAAAGUUUGCCAAGAAAAGAAACCGCUCCACAAUUACUAAGAGUGGAGAGGACGUCAACUGCAAUGUGGAUGAUAAUCAACACAAAAACGUGUUCCUGAAACCUCAGGACUGAGACAUUUUAUUCACUGUUAUGAGUGUUUAUUUCUUUAUGCAAUGGACUUUUGUGUUUUAUUUAUAUUUUUUGUUUACUGACGACUACAUGAUUUUUUAAAAGACCAAAAUUUUAUGGAAAGGGUACAAGUUUAUGGACUUGUUUUAACAUCCUAAGACUUUAUGUAUAAUUUUAAACAAUUUUCAAAAUGUACCAUCCUAAAAAAAAAGUAAAAACCUGACCAGGAUGUAAUGACCAGUGCUUUAAAAAAAAAACUCAAUUAUGGCUUCAUAACACCAAUAUUAGUGAAAUUCUGGUGAUUAUAUUGCAGGCAAAAAAGGUCUAUUGUCAACAAUAUAGCAAUGCAGUCUCCUUUGUCUUAACAGUCUUAAGUGUGACCGUAUUUUAAUGCUAGACUGCAAAAUGACCGCUGGUGGGAUGAUAUUUGCUUGCCAAAAAUGUUCAAAUGCAGUCAAAUGAGGUAGGGUGAACUCUGGUUGGGCCACUUUUUGUAAACUGUGUAAUUUAGAUACCUAGAUGUUUUUCUUCUUCUUCUUCUUUCUUUAUUACUUUUGUUAAAGUGCCCCUAUUAUGGGUAAUGAAAGCUUCGUGUUUUGGUUUUGGGAGUCCCCAACAACAGGUUGACAUGCAUGCAAGGUCAAAAAAACAUUUUAAUUGUCUUAUAAUAUGCAUUUUUUUUUUUUAACCUUACUUGCUCAACGACUACCAAACGAUUCACUCAGCGAUUAAUAUUUCCAACCCCCUCCUUUGCGUGACGCUAAUCUGUGGUGAUUGGUUGAUUGGUCUAAUUUUCAUUUCAUCAUGAGCCUGUAAUGCCUGAUAAAGCAUCGUUUGUGAGGAGCAGUGCUGCUUUGUUUACAGCCGUUACCAUGGAAACCGCGAUUUUUAGCGCUCCAAAAGCAGCACCUAGUGGCAAAGAAUGAAUCUGCAUUUUUAUUCAGACCAAUGCAAAAAGACCAACAAGUGGGCGGGCAAUAUGCUA